ACAAAACACACGAUAGUUUACAGUUAUAAGAAAUUCAACUAAAUUGGUUUCGUUUUCGAAAUUUUCGAGAACAAAAUCCUCGUGAAUUGAUUCGAUUUUUUUCUUUUUGUUUUCGAUUGAUUAAAAUGAUGAUAAACACUACGGCAACAACAACAACGUCGUCGACGACGACGACUACGAGGAAAACAUCAUCAUCAUCAUCAUUAUCGAAUACAAAUUCCAAACCAUUAUUUCGUUCGGAUACAAAAUUUGAUCAUCUGUUAUUGGAAUUAGAAUCUUCGGAUGCUAGUACCAUAGCGCUUGUUUUAAGAGCAAUAUAUGAUGGUGAUGAACAUGAUCGUUUUAUGGAAAAACUUGAUAUGCGAAUCAAGAAUCAUGAUAAAGAUAUUGAACGAAUGUGUAAUUGUCAUUAUCAAGGAUUUGUUGAUUGUAUACAUGAAUUGUUAAAAGUUCGACCACAAGCACAGGAUUUAAAAACUGAAAUCAAUCAAAUUAAUAAUGAACUGUUGAAAUCAUCGGAAAAUAUUCAACGAAAAGCAGAUGAAUUGAUAAAAUAUCGUCGUGUUUUAUGCAAUACAAAAACAGCAAUCGAAUAUCUACAGGAAUGUUUACCAAUGUUGGAUACAUUUUCUAAACUUGAUCAACAAAUGAAUGAAAAAAAAUAUUAUUCAGCAUUGAAAACCCUGGAACAAUUCGAACGUUUAUAUAUGCCUAAAUUUAAAAAAUAUCGUUUUGCACAGACAAUGUUUUUACGUGUACCAAAAAUACGUGAAACAAUUAAAAAAGAAUCUAUGAAAGAUUUAAAAGAUUUUCUUGAAAAUAUUCGUCAAUUAACAUUUAAAAUUGGUGAAAUUGCAAUGAAAAAUACGGCCAUACGUUAUAAAUCAAAAGAUUUUGCCAUGAUUCUAUCGACAACAACAACAACUUUAUCGAUGGCAAAUAAUCGUGAUAAAAAUAUUGAUCGCUCAAAAUUGGGAACAAAUUUCAUUCGAACGAAUGGUGAUAAAAUGAAUGGUUUAAAUCAUCUAAACCAUGAUGAUAAUAAUAAUGGUAUUAAUUCGGAUAAUGAAGAUGAUUAUAUGAUGAUACAAGAAGAAUUAAGUGCAACUGAUUUAGUUGAUUUUAGCCCGGUUUAUCGUUGUUUACAUAUUUUUGGCUGUCUUGGUGCACGUGGUCAAUUUGAAUCAUAUUAUCGUCAACAACGUAAACAACAGGCACGUUUAAUUUUACAAUCAUUUUCAAUUCCACCAUCAUCAUUAGCUAGUAUUACCAAUGUAUUUAAUCGUGAAAAUUUUAAAAAUUAUCUAUUCGGUGUUGUUGGAUUUUUUGUCAUUGAAGAUCAUCUUUUGAACACUUCGAAUGGUUUGGUUACGAAAGAAUAUCUUGAAGAAAAUUGGAAUGAUAUUAUAAAAUCAUUAAUUGAAUCGAUUCAUUUUCAAGCUACAUUAUGUCAAGAUUCCGAACAAAUGUUAUAUAUGAAAAAUAUGUUAAUGUUAUUCUGUGAAACUACACAUAAUUAUGGUUAUUCAGUUGAAUCAAUCAUAAAAUUAUUGGUCGAAUUACGGCAACUUUAUACUGAUAUUCUUCUUAAACAAUGGUCACUAGUCUUUCGAAAAAUUUUCGAUUCCGAUACUUAUCAUCCGCUAGUGGUGAAUAAUCAAUGUGAAUUUAAUGAAUAUUUUAAUGAUUUGAAUGCUGAAGAAUUAGAAAUGUUUAAAGAUAAUGAUGAUACUAUGCAAAAAUUGGAUAUGUUUCCAAAACGAUUUCCAUUUUCAUCAUUCGUACCACAUGUUUAUAAAAAAGUUAAAGAAUUUAUUAUUGUUUGUUUAAAAUUUAUUGAAGAUUUAAAUCUAAAUGAUAGUGAUAAAGAAGAUACUGUAAGAAAAUCAACAAAUCUUCUAUUGACAAGAACAUUAAGCGAUUCACUUUCUAGUCUGAUUAAAAAACCAAAUUUAGGCUUAUUACAAUUGAUACAAAUAUCAAUUAAUACAAAUUAUCUGGAAGAAUCAAGCAUUGUAUUAGAAGUAUUUAUUUCGGAAUUAAUUCAUCGUAAAAAUACAAAAGAAAAAUCAUCCGAUAAUUUUACAUCAUCAAAUCGUCUUAAAUAUUCAUUAUCAAUAUCUGAACCAUCAUCACAAUCACAUUUGGCUAGAUUACAAGGUCGUACAAUGUUUAAAGAUUCAAGAUCAGAAGCUGAAUCACAAAUCUAUAUACAAUUAAAUAAUAAGAUUGAAGAAUUUUUUUCACUUGCAACAUAUAAUUAUAUGUUAUCCGAUUCACCGGGUAAAGCAUCAAGUUAUAUUCUUGAUUUAAUGGCAUUUUUAAAAUCAACAUUCGAAGCAUUCACAAAUCUACCAUCAAAAGUUGCACAAACUGCAUGUUUAUCUGCUUGUAAAUUUAUUUCAUCACGUUUAUUAAAUAUACUGCUUGAAGAUGAUAUUAAAUCUAUUUCACAUGGAUUUUUACAACAAUUCAAUCUAGAUUUAAUGCAAUGUGAAAUGUUUGCCGGUAGUGAACCGGUAAAAGAAUUUGAAGAAGGUGCACUACAAUCUUGUUUUGCUGAACUAAGACAAACAAUGGAUCUGUUUAUGGAAUUUGAUUCAUGGAGUACUUAUUUUGCUGAAUAUGGUAAAAAUGAAUCCAGAUAUUUAAGAGUUAAUCCACAAACAGCAUUAAUAUUAUUGGAAAAAUUAGUACGUGGUGAUAAUAAAAAAACAAUAUUUUCAGCAUUAUCAAAAAAUGAACGAGAUAAAAAAAAUAAAAUUGAUACAAUAUUGAAAAAGCUUAAACAAUUAAUAAUUGCAAAUAAUUAAAAAAAAUUUGGUGCCAAUUUCACAUCCCUCCUUGGAAAAAACAACAACAAUUUUCUUUAUGAUUGAUUGAUUGAUUGAUUGAUCCACAUGCUGAUAUAAUAUACUACUUCCCUUUUUAAUUUAAUCCCAAUAAUGAUUUAUCCAAGAUGAUGAUGUUAUAAUUUUUUUUUCCAUUCCUUUUUUUUCUCCAAUUGUC